AUGCUCGUGGGUUCCCAGGAGAUACCAAGCUGCUUCAUCUUCGCCUUCCUUCACCCCGUUUUUGUUUUCGUUCUUCACAGCUCCUCGGAGGACGGAACGGUGGUCGUUACCGGGCUGCAGCCGGGGGCGAACGGCGAGCACACCGCGCCGGAGGUGUACAGCUACGGUGCGAAGUGGCCCAUGCUGGCGGUGAAGCUGGACCCUCUCUACGCCAGAAGGAAGGACAAGACCUUUGUGGCGGGCGGCGCGGCGGGAAAGCUGCUGCUGAACAAGAAGGGUUGGCUAGGGCACGACGAGGUGGUUCUUCACAAGGGGGAGGGGCCGGUGUCCUCCGUCGCCUGGAGGGGGCCACUAGUGGCCUGGGCAUCGGACGGCGGCCUCAAGAUCAUGGACGUCGACAAGGGGAAAGGAGGGGAGCGAAUCAGCUACGUCGACAAGCCGCGGUCUCUGGUCGACUUCAAGGAACACGAAUGCCGAUGCCACAUGCUGUGGGAAACCCCGACCCGCCUGCUUGUAGGCUGGGGAGACACGGUAAUGGUCCUGCAGAUCCUGGUCCGCGAGCCCAAGUACCAACGCGGCGGGAGCCUUUCGCCCAUGAGACAGCCCCACCACUCGCCCCCGGGCGGCAACGGCAGUGCCGGCGACAACAACCGGCGGACGUCGGUACCGCUGACGAACCCGAUCGGCGGCGGCCUCCCCAUCGCGGUGAUCGGUGCGCCGACGGCCGCGGCGCCGGUGGCGCUUGAGGCCCCCGAGAGGUACACGCAGAUCGUGGCCGUGUGGCAGUCCGACUGCCUGAUAUGCGGUCUGUCGCCGUUUGACAGCGACACGGUCGUCUUGCUCGGCUAUCCCGUGGAGGAGGAAGAGGAGGAGGAGGAGGAGGAGGAGGGGGGGGGAGUGGUGGUGAAGGGCGUGUUCCAGCCGGAGGUGCAGCUGGUGAAGCGACAGAGCGGCGAGGGUUGA